ACCCGUCGAGAUUCCCUCCCCGGCUGUAUCUUUAGAGACUCGAAGCUCUAAGCUGACUGUCUCACCCCACACUCGUUAAUUCAUGGCGGCGGCGGUCCGCGCACAAAACCUGCUUCUCCUCCUGUGGCUCAUUCUAUGCCAGUUCUCUUAUGUUCAUGCUUAUGUCGCGCCCGCUCCAGUUUUACUCCCUCGGAAAGCCAUCGUCUCGAAUUCAUCUGGGACGGUUCAAGUGGUCGAUUCGUCUACUCAGGACAUAAUCGCCCAGGGAGAAGCGACUGAUGGGGCAGGGGCAAAGUUCUCUCCCCCAGCAAUGCUGUGGAUAGGGUGUUGCCUCCUGAUCGGCGUGCCCAUGUCGUUUGCUGGGAUCAGAGGAUGGAGACUCACGACCGGCGCCGGUAUAGGCCUUUCAGCAGGGGUUUUAUCCUGGGCCGCUAUCAUAAACAGCAUCAACAAUGACGGCUUGUCUGACAUCGUGCUCACGUCAAUCAUUCUUGGUUUUAUCUUCCUGGGCUUUUGUUUGGGUGCAUUCGAGUUUGCACGCCUUGGGGGGAUCAUCCUUAUCGUCCUCAAUGGUGGCCUGUCGUUUGGCAUCAGAAUUGUGUUGUUGAAGGAAGGGUUGCUAGGCGGGAGCUCGCUCCAUGUCAACUGGGCGAUCGUUAUCGUGUUUCCCAUACUUGCGGGGCUAUCGAUGAUAUGGAAGCAGAGGCCUCCUUUGCUUUUUGGAUGUGCGUCUGUCGGGAUGUUCCUAAUGCCUUUGGGCGUCGACCUUAUAAUUAACAAGCAAGACGGCAUGAGUCGUGGACUUCGCUACUUGUUUGACCGCAACACGGCUCAUCUGGCAGACAUAAUGACUAACGGCUAUCACCCCACAUUAUCGACACGAAUAAUUUUGAUAGCGUCUCUGGUAGCAACACCAAUGCUUGCUACCGCCCAGCACUAUAUAUUUCGAAAACCCUUCAAUCGCCACAAGGGUCCACCGAGUGAUGCGGAGCUCGCUAUUAAUUACCCAACUCCCUUCGAACAAAAGAAAGUUUCAGACUUCUUCAUUGACAUGUGGCACCGGGGGAGCGCUGUCUUGGAAAAACACGACAAUGGUAGUCGAUUCAGCCUAUAGAUUCUCUUCGUCCGCUCUUUUUAUAUCACUCUCGCUUUUCGACCUCAACUGUAUCAACACGCAUCAUCAGCAUCCCUCCUAUUUCGCGUCCAUAGAAUUUUCUUUACAGAUACCCGCGCCCUUUUUUUCUCGCCUGGGUCCCUCCAGGUGAGGGCAUUGGCGAGGUCAUUUGGCGCCGUAUGGUACAUACCUUCGAACAUCUUUCGCAUUACUACCGCAAUGUUGUGAUGGUCGGCCACCGUUAUCUAUCUAAUCACAACCCCAAUACACUGUGCCUGGCUUUCGCCCUGAUUUUCUCCGCCUAUUUAUUUAACUAUAUUUAAGCGACGGCGCAUUGCGUAGGCUCCUUCAUACAAGGCAGAUGCUAAUG